AUGGCUAAAGUGCACAUAACCAACGUAGUCGUACUCGACAAUCCUAGUCCGUUUUUGAACCCUUUCCAAUUCGAGCUAACCUUCGAAUGCAUAGAGGAACUAAAAGAAGACCUUGAAUGGAAGAUGAUAUACGUCGGAUCAGCCGAAACGGAAGAACAUGACCAGGUUUUAGACACAAUAUACGUUGGUCCCAUACCAGAGGGUCGGCACAUGUUUGUAUUCCAAGCACCACCGCCCGAUGUGAACCGCAUACCUGAAAACGACGCUCUUGGCGUCACUGUAGUGUUAUUAACUUGUUCCUACCGCGGUCAGGAGUUUGUGCGCGUCGGUUACUUUAUUAACAAUGAAUAUAGUGAAUCAGAACCAGAGUUACGGGAAAACCCCCCAGCGAAGCCUCAAUUCGAUAAGGUAGUCAGGAAUAUCCUGGCGUCUGAACCGAGGGUAACUAGAUUCAAGAUCAACUGGGCCGAACCAGACGCAGUGCCAACAGAUUCAGGUGAUGGAAACAUUGAAUCAACCCAUGCUCCUAGUAAUGACUCAUAUGGUGCUUUCAAUGCAGACAGUCAGAUUAGCGGUAUCGAGUUUCAAGGGAGUUUGAGUGGUUAUGGUGAUAAUUCAAAUUCUAUCGCUCCUAUGGAGUGUUGA